AAUUAAAUUAUUAGAUAUGGUAAAGUUGCUUUCCAAAUCACCAGUUGCAUUAAAUAGUCCAACUUUAUAAUAAUGGGACAACAGUUUCAGAGAGAAUUACGAGAUGUAUUAAACAGAGAUUGAUAAAAAUACUUAUGCAUUGUAGAGAAGCAUUAGAGGAUUCUGGAUAUUUGGUAAAACAUUCUAUCCUGCUUUAACUUAACAUUACAGUUAGAAAUUAGAGCUAUAUCAAUUGAAAUAGCAAUUAGGAAAGGUAUUUCAUAUUAUAGACUACAUUUCAGAUUGAAUAAUCAGAGGUGAAUAUUUAUAAAUCAGUUGAUCCUAAUAUCAGUACAGUUUUGAAUAAAACUUUCAGUACUUAAUGGCUUUGGUGGAAUCUCUAAGAUAUAUCCAUAACAGCUGGGUUAUAAGUAUAUGCUUAAUUGUUUAAUUUUGGAUAUUCAUGGAGAUUUGGAUUCUUGGUUUUACCUUAUUGUGCUAGAGUAAUAUGGUUAUUUUAAAUACCUAGGUUUUCUAUGAUUAUGCAACAUCAUAUCAAAAUAAAUCAAGAGCAGUAGAAUUUCUCAACUGGGCUAUUCAAUAUAGAAAAGCUAAAAGUUAAAUUGAAAGAGGAAAUCUUGAUUCAUAAGUUGUCGAGAGAUAUCAAGCUCUUUUUGGAACUGUGAAAAGGGGACCACUUUAAGUUUAUGCAGAUGUUGUUGAAUUGGCUACCUAAUAAAACCCCAAUUUGUGAUGGAUAAAAUAUAUCAUAUAAUGAAUAUU